AUGGGUUUGGGGAAACCUCUUACGCAAAUCCCAAUCGGUAAACGCCAACUCCUUCAUCCUCAUUCUCUUCCUCACAGAGCCACCAAAGUUCUAAGGCAUCCAGAGGAUACCGAAUUGGAGGGCAUAGAGGAAUUGUUGGUGAGGAACGGUGGGGCACCACGCGAGUUUCGAUUGCCCUUGACGGCGCUAAGCAUUGGCAUUUCGACAUUGAGGACUUAUAGUUGGACUGGUUCAUUGUUUUGGCUGCUCCUAUGGUUUAGGAUAUUGGGCAUUUGGGUUGAACUAAAUUCCUUCACACUACCUGAGCCCAUUGGGAUCAUUGACCUGCCGCCAUUGCAUUCGGCAUACUGGUUGUGUGUGUCUUCAUCGGUUGUAACUUCAUAUAUGGGGACUGAGAAAGAGAAGAGAAUGCAAUCUACUUCUUCGACCUCACCUUGUGCCCAUUUCAGAGCUGCUUACCAUAAUUGCUUCAACAGGUGGUAUUCUGAGAAAUUUGUGAAGGGUCAUUGGGACAAAGAGGAGUGCGUUUCUGAGUGGCAGAAAUAUAGAGAAUGUCUCUCACAACAUAUGGAUGAUAAGUAUCUGAGUCGACUCUUGGAAGCCGAAGGCAUGGUUGAUUUUACCACUCAAGCUCAGUUUAGGCGCCCAGCUGGUGUUUCUAAAUAA